AUGGUUGGAGUCUUCUCCGUAAUGCCCAGAUCCUCGGCCGCAUACGAUGGUGAUAAGCAUAUAUACCUCAUGAGUGGAGCCAGUGACGGCAUUACAUGGAGUAGUGAUGUUGAUUGCUUGGACAUUGAAACUCAAAAGUGUACAAAGGUCACAAAGUUGCUACGUGUAGAGUUGCCCAAGGUUUACUUCAGCAACGACAUCAUCUACGUUGUUGGAUGGAACGCACUAGUUAGUCGCCAGUAUCAUAUCCACUCAAUCAAUGUAAAGACACUGGCACAGGAUAUCGUAUUCGAGCGAACUGGCCCAAAGCAUAGCAUAAUGCUCACCUGCUUCGAUGGUGACGACAGCAUAUUCAUUCUCACAUCACAGUUCAUCCGGUAUUCAUUGUCCGACAAACUAAUGUACGAGCUAACAAUGCCUGCAAUCGAGAUAUUUUCCCAGACAAUGGUGUUUGUCGACAUACAAUUUGGAAUACUGCUCAUUGGCGGCAAGGACAAUAACCAUCGGUACUCAAUCCAAGACAAUCAAUGGACCAAAUUGGAGGACAAUGAUUAUGAUGUUAGAUCGUAUUAUGGAGCAUGUUUGAUCAGUAACUCGUUAGAGUGA